AGGGCGGGUACGAGUGCUUCCCUUUGGGCUACUCUGCAGGCAUGACUCGCGAACGGCGGUCCUCUGCUAUCAGCCUGCCGCGUCGUUCAACUCCUCUCGUAUCUAUCUCGUUUCUAUUGCAAUGCCUUGCUGUUGGAGACUCGAAAAUCAGCCAGAGCGUCUCUCCAGAAUUCAGUCUGCCUCAUGCUAUUCCGCCCUUGUCACGUUGGCAGGCUCCUGUCAGUGCUUCUGCCAGUGAUGCAUUUUCAAGGCGAGGAACAAUUUACACACAGCAUCAUCUACAGCUUGACCCUCCAUAUCUCGACUUCAAUGAACAGCCUGUCGGCAUGCCAAAGAUAGAGACUGUUGCUAUACAUAAUCUCCAUGAGAGACAAAGUCUCCAUCUCAACUCUAUCUCAGGCAACACGCAGCACUUUCAUAGCUCAUUUUUUGAAGCGAAAGUUGUUCCUGCGGGUCAGAAGACUUUAUUUCAAGUGAUCUUCUUAGCGAGAAUGAUAGGAAAUGCAGAGAAUACAUUGUACCUUCACACCAGCCAGGGAGUCAUACCCUUUCAGGUGUUCGGUACUGGUGUUACUAAUCCCUAUCGUUUACGCCCCUUUUUGGGUGCACGUGUUCUAGUCAACACUUCAUACUCUCCAACAAUCAAAAUGCAUAAUCCUCAUGGUUCGACAUUGAAAGUUACAGAGAUGUACACGAGCCAUGGAGAUUUGCACUUGGAGUUACCAAAACUUGAUGAUAGGCGAAAGGAGGAACCUCUCAAGAAGAUAUGGGAAAUUGGACCAUACCAAACGAAAACUGUUAUGAAGGCAAAGUUUAUAGGCCGCGUAGUAAACAACCACACGGCAUUCAUUCGCAUUAAGACAAACAUGGAGCAGAAUAAACGAUCAGAGAUUGUUCUUCCUGUCGAAGUCGAAGUUACCGACUAUGGUGGAAUAUUGUCAAAUUUUGAUGUGCUGGAUUUCGGGACAGUUCGAACAAUCGAUGAAAUUAUUUCUCUUCAUUUGCAACUGCUCAACACAGGACCGAGACCUGUGGAGGUGAAGUCCAUUACAGUUGAGCCACCAAAUGAAGCCAUCAGUUUCUAUUUCAAGCCCGUUGUUUUGAAAUCUACGUUUCCUAAGCGUGUUCCAGAAGAUAUUGCGACUAUUCAUUAUAAUCCUGGUAAAGCUAAUGUGAGACGAUUACAGUACGGGAAGGUGAUAUUGUCGACGAGCGAUGAGCAGAUGCAGAAAAUAGAAAUUCCAUAUCAGGCAAAUGUACUUCAAGGGGUUUUAUAUGCAUCUUUACAGAAAGCUGCUUUUCUUCUUCAACCGCCACCAUUCAAAGCUGUCAUUCAGGAUAUUGAGUUGACAAACACAUUUGAUUUUCCGUUGGCCAUUUACGAUGCCGAAUUUCCAUCGGAUGUCACAUUGUUUGAGGUGGUUGAAUUUUUACCGCCAGUUGUUAUUCCCUCAUCUGCAAGAGUGUCACCUCUUAAAGUUCGUUUUACUCCAAACUCAUCAGACAUAGAUGUUUCAACGUUUCUAAGACUCUUCACCAAUGCAUCUGUUUUCACAGUGCCCAUACACACAUAUAGUGGCAAGAUGAAGUAUCAUGUAGACGGUGGUAAUGAAGAUGUUUUGGACUAUGGGACAGUAAACUUGCUUUUUGAGACAGAAAUGACAUUCAGAGUUACUAACAGAAAUCCAGUGCCGAUCACAAUACUAAACUGGAGCAGUUCACUGAAGAAUGUGAAGGUGACAUUGCUUGGAACACAGCCUGCUGCUCAUCAAUUCAAAGGCCUUCCAAAUACAAAUCGUGGAAAGCAGCCUCAGCAAUCCAAGCAAUCGAACGUCACCGUGAUGUCUAACUACUCGGCCGUCUUUUCAGCAAAACUUAAACCGCCAUCAUCAGACGUUAAUCAGAGUGGAGAGGUUAUUGUCAAUACAACAUACAUGACUCUCCAUGUGCCUAUAUAUUACAAGAUUGCAUUGGGACAUUUAGAAGCCAGCUCACCUGUUGUCAAGUUCAAGAAUGCUUUCCCUGGUCGUGUCGAAACCAAGACGGUGUCUGUUGUUAGCACCUUUAAGAAUGCCGUUCGUUUGCAUAUUGUGGAGACACCGAAUCCACCUGAUUCACGACUCAAGUUUGUUUUGAAGUCACAGGGAACUUUCACUAUAGGAAACGGCGAAACAGAACUUGGAUGGUUUAAAGUUGAUCCAAUGCUGGGUAAGGCUUCUACUCAUUAUGUGGGAUUGACUGCCCAAGGUGUUAGUGACCGGAAGACGUGGUUAUCACGACUCACUCUUCGACAUGAGGCUGCAGUUGCAGAUACGAGCGAUCACGAGAAGCUGAUGGCACUGUGGGAAAACUUGGAAAAGACAGAGAAAAACCAGUUUUCUGUGAGCUACAAGAUAAAAGCCGAUGCGGGCGUGACAUUCCCUAUCUCAGCACAAGCCAUCAUGUCAUGGCCGUUAGUAACAGCAGCAGAUACAUUGAAAUUUCCACUUACUCACAUUGGAAACUCAACGGUGAUGUCGGUUAGGAUUGAGAAUCCGGCUGAUGUUGUGCUAGUUGUGCAAGCAGUCAUGUUACCAAACUAUCCAAACCCGGAACUUGCACUGGACUUACUCAGUGAAAGGAUGGGCACUGAUGCUUAUGUGAUGAACACACACGAUGAUUCUACGUUUCGUUUGCCUGAUGCAAGAGCACAUCACACGUCUGGUGCAAACUCAGAAACGGCUUCUCGUUCGUCUCUCUAUAGCAUGCUGGGUGUGGAGACGAGCAAUGCUGCCGUGACCGUUGUUGUUGAACCUCGUGGGCAUACCAUGAUUAAUGUUGAGUUUUCGCCAAGAUCUCAGAAAACAGUUACAAGUCUUCUAAUAGUGAGGAAUAAUCUAACCAUAAUGGAUGGAGUAAUAGUCCAAGGUCAAGGCGUGUUGUCAAUGUUUACUCUUGAUGGUCGUGAUCCAGGCAACGAUCACAUGCCACUCUACUUCAACUUCACUGCAUCGUAUCUCGCAAAAUGCAACGAGUCGAGUUCGCGUUCGUUCACUCUGAAAAAGACGUUUACUGCGAAGAACACCGGCCAGCUUCCCAUCGACGUUAUAUCAAUUGAAAUCAGCGGAAGGUCGUGCGCCAGCUACGGAUUCGUCGUCAAGAAAUGCAAACCGUUCACCAUCAAGCCGAACACGACACAUCAAAUCGAAAUCGAGUUCACACCCGAUUUUACGCUGUCGCGAAUCAGCAGGAAAUUGGACAUCGUGACGUCCACAGGUCGUCAUCUUGAAUUCAACUUAUUGGCUACACUUCCUCACCAUCUUUUGCCUGUUUAUUUGGCUUCGUUUCCUCGUCCAUCGUGGGAGCCAUAUUUUAAUACGACACUGUUUAUUGUGAUGGUUGUGAUAUUGGUGGUCGUUUUGGUUCAAGCGUAUUUUGCAGCGGUGGCGUACACAACUCGAUUGCGUCCAGAGCGUGAUACGGAGUUGUGUAUGAAAUCGAGGAAUAGUGGGAACCCUUUUGCAGGGCAAGUGUUCGACUUGAAUAAGAUUGCUGGUGUGGGACAGUCGGUGAGUGCAACAACGAAGGACGAAAAACUUAAUGGAGAGAUAGUGGAAAGUGUCGAGUUCGUACACGUUGAAGAGGGACAAGUUGGAGAAGAAAUACAAACGUCUGAAACAGAAAAGAACGCAACGGUUGAAACCAAGGGAACGUCUUGUGUGAGCUCUAAACCUGUUGAGAGACAAGCGGGCAUCGGAUCGAACAGAGUGGAUAAACAAGACGUGCAGACUGUGAACCACAGUGUGGUUGAAGCGGGUAAAGCAAGUGUUGAUGCAGAGAAGGGAGAGAAGCAGCCGACUGCGUCUGUGGUGAGUCAGAAGACGAGUAUUCAGGUGGUGGUUGAGAAAGAUAAGGAGAAAUCAAGUGUGUCAACUGUACAUGUUCAGCAAGACUUAGAUACCAAAAAACACAAGCAAACAAAGAAGACAUCCGCAUCUUUACCUACUUUACACGAUUCUAUUGUCAUGGAAACAACAGCAAAACAUGGUAAUAGACGAACACAAGAGAAUGGAAAUGAACUGCAGAUAAAGCACGACGUACAGCAACCAAAGAAAGAAGAGAAACUUGUUAUUAAAGAUGCAACAAGUGGUAGGAAAGAGGAGUUGCAGUCUAGAGCAGCUCUGAUAUCUAGAGAUGAUGUAUUUACUGUUCAGUCGUUGGAUCAAAGAGAGAUCUCCAUUCCUGCAUCUUCAUUCAAAACAGACGAAUUAACAAGGAAAGAAAUAUCCAAAACAAAGAGGAAACUAAAACCAGUGAAAGUUGUAGAAAAGACAGAGAAACAGAAGACGGAUGGAGUGACAUCAGCAAUUGAGAAUGGCGGGAAAGCGUUGUCUAGCAGGAAGACAAGCCAUGUAAGUGAGAAAGAUGGGAUGAAGGAGUUGGAUCAGUUGCUCAUUGGAAACAUGCCUAAAAGUCCUGUGCUGAAACGCCCAAGACUAAAGUCGGAUGAAGAUGGGAAAAGGGCGAGUGGAUUAAAGAAGCAGGAGAGUGUUGGAGAGAAGAAAGUGGAGAGGAAGCAGGAGACGAGUGAUGCGGUUGUGAGUUGUGUGGGUGAGAAGCAGGAGAAGUUGACGACUACAACUGAUGCAUUGGCAGGCUGUCCACCUGGCAUGAAACUAGAACCUCUAAGUGGCCUAAAUCAACAUAAAAUCUCCACUGAUUCGAUGCCACUAGAAGACGCCAGUAUUGUAGAAAUAGGAUUGUCUGUGAUAUCGACUGAAAAAUCAGAACCUCUUCCUCUCUCUUCUGUGAGCUCAUCUCGAGGACCGGAAGCUGCAAUGAAUGGUCUUGCUGCUCUAUCAGACACAAAACGUGUUGACAAGACAACAAAAUCCAAAGUCGGUGUCGUGCCUUCAAAGUCUCCUAUGCAGGUCCCUACAGUAGGUGAAGCCAGUGUUGCUAUGGAAACAACCCAGAAAACCAUUGUGAAAGACAUAAAGGAACCGAGAGCGAGAGUGGCUAAAUCUGGUAUUAAACAAGUUGGCUUGAAGGCAAAGAGUGAAGUGUCGUCUGUUGAUCCGGUUCCUGAUCCUCAUGCUAUUGCUACUGUUAUUGCAGCAUCUGUAGCUGCAUCGACGGUGAAACAGGGAAAGAAUGAUGAACAGUUGGCAAAUUGUUCAUCUCCAAGGAACGUGGAUAAAGCGGCUGUGUUGUCUGGUAGUAUGAUGGGUCAUAUGGGAGAGAGAGAGAAAGUGGAGAUGGAGAAACAGACGUACUCAAGAGGGAAAAGUAGAACUACUGAUGGAAAAAGCUCUAGGAAACAACCCAAGUCACCAGCCAAACCCAAUCGUCUUCUGAAAGCAAAAGAGAAGAAAUUGCAGCUUGAAAAGGAAGCAAGGGAACAACGGAAACUCUCAUCUGAGCAGUUGUUUGAGCGAUACCUGAGCAGUGAUCUUCCAGAAUUCAUUCCCAAACAAGUACAGUCGACAUCAGACACGGUCGUCAUAGAAGGAGAAACUGACUCGUCAUCAUCAGACAAAAUGUCACCAAUUUCUGCAGAAAUGAUGGACAUUCAACCUCAACUUCCUUCCUCUAUGGCAACUUGGCAGCCGAGUGCAUUUUCUGCGCCCACAAGUGUGUCAUCAUACAAAGAAUCCCAGCAAGAAGAGAGAUCAGUGAGCCCUCCCGAACGAAUGCCAACGGAAGGAAUGACUAGAGAAAUGUACUUAUCAUUGCUGGCACAGCAGCAGAGAAAUCGUAGCUUUGGCUCGGCUGCUCUCGACCCUCUUUUGUCUCCUCUCGGGAAUGGCAGCAAAGGUUUGUUUCCUGGUGACCAUCCAUCGACUCUCUCAGACUACCCAUUUUCUGGUGCACUCUUUGAUGAUCCAGAUGCAGAGUAUUGGCUCUCUCGGAUGGCGAUGAGAAGACACAGAAGUCCACCGGACAUUCUUGAUGACGUCCCCGACAUGAGAAGUAGAUCAAACUCCCAAGACGCUCGUUCUCCUUCACCUCACGGUUGUGGCGACUUGUCCGACUCCCAACUUCCUAUCUUGUAUCAUCACGGCAGUCGGGUCAUUCCUCGUAGACGAAACAAUCCUAUCUGGGAUCAAACAGUCGGCCGGAGUGGUCACGGUCUUGUCCGUAUGAGCCACAAUCUGAGAGAUGAUCCAUAUGAUGCUUUCUCUUUUCCACAAGAGAGAGGAAAUGAGAGACGAAGGUUUCAAGGUUUUGCUCGAGGCCGCAGUCCUGAAUGGAUGUCGUGCAUUGAUCGUGAUUUUGACCCAAGUCUUCUCACCGAUCUCCCUGCAACGUCGUCGGCAUAUCUGUGGGGCGAUUCUGCCGACUUGGACUCCCUUGCAUUGCAACAGGAGGAAAUGGCAGAUGUGCUACGAAGUCGACGCUCAACCAGUCGGCGCAUUCGACGUGAUCGUGACAGCAAUCCGGACGAUUAUUUUUCACACUCAAGGUUGCCAUCGUCAGGUCGACUUAUGUCUCCUCACACCGACCCUCCACCACUCCUCAAUGAGUAUUACCUACGCUCGGCUGCAUUGGCAGGAGUUCGUGAUAGCGAUGUGUGGUCGGCCGCUGUUGAAAAACAGAGACGAGAGCAAUCAAAAUAUGUCAGCUUCCCAUCUACACAUCAAGGAAGGCCUCGUUAUCCUUUCUAUCCAGGGGAGUCUGCAGGAUUGUGGGACACACCCAUGUCCAGUGAACCAACCGAUGAAGGGUGGGACACGCGGCUAAGCUCCAUAUGGUCUCGUGAUCCAACAGAGCUGGUUCCACAGGUGCCGACUGCGGUGAAAGACCAUGGAGCAAUCGGUGAAGACAAGAGUGAAGUCGUGAGAAGAGAGAUGAGCCGAGACUCUUCGUCUUCAGAUCUUGAACUUCUGACGGCUCCACUAACCGUUGACUCCGAGAAGGGAUCUCCACAAGAUCCAGUCCCAACUACAUCAACAUAUGAUCCUUUCAUGUCUGACAUAUGGGGUCCUUCCAUGGCGAGGUCAUGGCUGCCGAAAGAGGGCGGCGAGUGACCAUUAACUUGAUGAGAUUGACAUUGUGUGUUGGCAGUUGAGUUUGUGUCUGGUGAUUCUUUAGCCGGUUGGUCUAUUGUAAUGCUAUUUGUCGCCAUCGUUGUAGGCAAGUUUUAUGAGAGGACAUGUUGCAAUUUGGAUUCGAUGGCUCACUUUUUAGAUGCUUGAAUGAUGCGAUAUAUGUUCAGGGUAGAUUGGUGGCUAUUUUGUAUGAUCUACCUUGGCAAAGAGCAAGAGAUAAAUCAGACCAGAUGAUGGUCAUGCAUUGAA